AUGCCUGCUAUCGCCCACCUCCAAGCACGCUUCUUGGAAGACUCCAGUGGUGGUGGUGGAAUCUCGGGAACAGCCAUCGCCCUCAUCGUGUGUCUUGGAAUCGUACCGUGCAUUGUCUUGAUCUGGGCUGUUUGCUAUCUCUUCUGGGCCUACCCAUACGACCGUAACUGCUGCUGCAUCAAGCGAAAGCGCCGCCCAGAACCCCAAAGUGUAUUGAACCAAGCGCCGAUGAGCGAAGAGACACUAUACGAAAAGCCCGGUGUCGCACCACCACAACGACCAUUUUCUGGCCAGUAUAGGACCGACACAGGAAGCUCAAGCAACAGCGGACGUCUGCAGAAGCAGCAAAGGCCUGGUAGCGGAGUCGACGCCCGGAACACGCGUAUGAGUUUGAACAGCGUCGUCAGUGCCAACACUAUCACUUAUGCCCAAGAGCCCAAGCCAUUUGUGCGGCGCCUUCAAGGGCGCUCUGCGACACGACCAAAUACCGCCACCAUUCCACCUCCACAGCACUUUCCGCGUUCUUUGUUCCGCGCAUCCCACUCGUCGCUGCUUUCUGCGCGCCUGCGAAUGCUUCGAAGUUACCUAGCCCGACCCAGCGCCCGAAGCGUCAUACACAAGAGCGUGGGAUUUGGCGGCGCAAGCUACAUCAGUUUGAGCCUAAGUACGCCAAUUAGAAUUGAGAGCAAAGCGAAUUCGACAAUGGCAGGACACGAUGGCGAAGAGGCAAGGCAGGGCGGUCAGCAGGCUAUGCUGGCGAGCCAACGGGCAAAGGAGCAGGGAGAGGCACAGGGGAGGUUCUCCAAGUGGUUCCCUCUGUCUGCCAAAUCGGGCUUCGAGCAGUGGUGGGCGGGACUAUCGCCUAUGGCAACCGAGCAUCGCGUUCUAUCCUACAUUCCUCAUCUCCAGAGCCCGCCCACACAUACGCAAACAGGCUCCGCGUCUGCUUCGGCUGGUCCGUCCUCGGUAGACCUUCAAGCGCCGCCCAAGCAUCCCCAAGACCAGACGACCACGAAUGCCACCAACGACCCGUACGGACCGCGAAGAUGGAAUUCGCAAAUGGUUCAGCUAAGUGGCAAGGAUCGUGCACUGAACGAGUUCUCCGUGGAGCGACUGGGCGAAGAGGUGGAAAACAACUUGGUUAUGCUCCACGGGUACGGUGCUGGACUUGGCUUCUUCUAUCGCAACUUUGAGUCCUUAUCGCGUGCCGAAGGCUGGAAAGUCUUUGCGCUGGACCUUCUCGGUAUGGGCCGGAGCAGUCGGCCAACCUUCAAGAUCCAUGCCAAAGACAAGGAAGGCAAGAUCUCAGAGACCGAGUCGUGGUUUGUGGAUGCGCUGGAGGAGUGGCGGAUAAAGAGGGGUUUGGACAAGUUCACAUUGCUAGGACAUAGCUUAGGAGGGUACCUGGCUGUUGCUUAUGCGCUCAAGUACCCGGGACAUCUUAACAAGCUGAUUCUUGCGUCUCCGGUUGGUAUUCCAGAAGACCCGUACGCAGUCGACGAGGAGAUGCCUGAUCCACAAGACUCGACCAUGGCGAAUGAGUUUACUCAAGAUGCUGCCGAGACGAACCAGAGUGGUGUGCAGCCAUCGACAGCGGACAACAAUAACUUUAUGAACCAGCGGACAAAGAAUGCCGACACCACAAAAGAGGCUAAGCAAGCACCAAAGAGGCGAUUGCCGUGGUGGCUGUAUUCUCUCUGGGAGGCCAACAUGGUCUCGCCCUUUACUUUUGUACGUUGGUCAGGGCCUCUCGGUCCCCGUCUGGUAUCAGGCUGGACCUCACGCCGCUUCUCGCAAUUACCAGAAGAGGAGGCGCUGGCGCUGCACGACUACAGCUACGCUCUAUUCCGCCAACGGGGUAGUUCCGAGUAUGCGCUUUCCUACCUGCUCGCCCCUGGCGCUUUCGCCCGCAGCCCAAUGAUUCGCAGAAUCCAGGCUGUUGGCAGGCAAUAUAUCCAACCACACGAAAGGCCUACCGCGGAUGGCGACGCCGCAGCUAGUUCUACUACGCAACGCGAGACUGGCUACCCAGUCAUCUUCAUGUACGGGGAGAACGAUUGGAUGGACGUGGCUGGUGGGUAUGCGGCUGAAGAGAAGAUGAAGCAAGAACGCGAGCGCCUACUAGCAAACGCAUCGGCUGAGGAGAAGAAGAAGGACCAUGGGGUAGGCAAGGUGAUCAUCAUCAACAAGGCCGGUCACCAUGUAUACCUGGAUGGUUGGGAGCAGUUCAAUCGCGUCAUGUUGGAAGAGAUGAACGAAAUUGUCAAGGGCGCACCGGCGCCGAGCACAAGCCUGAACAAGGUGGCCGAGAGCGUCGAGAGCGACCCGCCGCCCUACUCUGCGUCCAUCCUCCAAGACACACCCCACAAUGCCAACAACGACCGCCUGCCCACCAUCAAGACCCCGCGACCGCCCGUCCUUAGCGAUCCGACAUGCCUCCUCCCCUCGUCGCCGCCGCAAAUCUACCUGAAUCUCCUCAUACUCGAAGCCAGUCUUCGCAGCCAAUACCUCACCCUACGCGCCCGCCGGCGGCAGAACACUUUCGUCCUCACACUGUUGGCGGUAUGGAUAGGCUUUUGUUUCUACCUGUUGUGGUUGCGCCCACGAGAGGACGGCAAGGGUAUUGGAGGUUCACAAUACUGGCUCGUUGAUAUGCUGCAGAAGGUUGGCUUCAUAACAGGCGUCGUCACCGCUCUGCUCUUCUGGGCGACUGGACAAUGGGAGAGAGGGGUCAGAUGGCCGCGCCGGUGGAUCGGCGUUGCAAAUCGAGGGCUCAGAGGCAUGAACGCCAAGAUUGUCGUCAUACGCGGGCCGUGGUGGAGAGAGCUGGUGGAAUGGGGUCACUUUGUUGUGCCCUUCUCUGGUGGGCUGUGGGGUGGGGAGCAGGGAGGCAGUUCCUACCACUUCAUCAACGUCGCGCAGGAGAACAAGCAUGCAUUAGACGGCGGCCGACCCCGCCAUCGCAUCGUGGAAGACGGCAAGGAAUACGCCGAGGAAGACAUUGCACCGGGAGGCGACUACAUCAAGCUACUCCUCCUCCCGAAGCCCUUCACACCCGACUUCCGUCAAGAGUGGGAAGUCUACAGAAACGAAUACUGGGCCACGGAGAACGAGCGACGAGCUGAGCUGCGGAAACGCGUCCGCGCCAGACAACGUGAGAUUGCAAGAGAAGAAGGAGGAUGGCUAUGGUGGACAGGCUGGCGAGGCUGGAAGCGCGCACGCGGUCUCAGUGGACGAAGCGCCGACGUAGAAAAAAGUGGCCAUCACCACGGUCACAGCCAUAGCCUCUCGCACACAGGCUCACGGAAGCGAAGACAGAGUUUACUGCAAAACCCAAGAGGAAGAGACGGGUCGCAUUCCCGUAGCUCUUCGCGAAGCACAACGCCCACCCCCGACCUUGACAUGGACGGUCGUCUCCGGCCUGCCGAAAGCCGCGAGCGUCGAUGGAGUAACACGUCCACCAGUACAACCACGAGUCGCAAGUCAUCUCUCCGCUCUAACUCAACCAUCACACAGGGUAACGCGCAAUCGGCAAGACAACCGCCACAAAGAAGCAGCGUGGGGUCCCGACCUAGUACGCCUGGUGAGGGGAAUCUACCCUGGCAGAGUAAGAGAGCUAGCAUGCUGAGCAAUGCGUCGAGUAUGAGUGAAAUGGAGGAAGAUGGCGGGUAUGAGGCUGCGACUGAGGGGAGGGGUGAUAUGAGACCGCCGGUAAGGCCGGUCGGGAAGAGGAGGAGCAGUCGCGAGGGCGGUAGCAAUAGUAGUGGAAGGGCCGAGAGCGCUUGA